AUGAGGCUUAAACCACCAUACGGAGAAAAGGAGGCUGCAUGGUUGUGCAGAGACAUUUGUCACGGAGGCAAGUCCAUCUCUAGAUUUGCCCAAGGCCUUCACCUUCGACAAAUAGACAUGCUGCAGGAAGGGAUUACUGGGAGCUCUGCAAGUCUGACCAAACUUGCACAUGUAUUGCGCAAAGUUUGUAAAGCGGCUGUGCAAAGGAUGAGAAGAAGAGGAAAACAGAUUGUAGGAAGAAGGGAGAGAUUGUUCUCAUUGACGAAAGCAAAUUCGGACAUAAAAGAAAGUACAACAGAGGUCGAACAAGUAGCCGGAAUUCCUGGGUAUUUGGCAUACUCGGAAUUAAAGAACAAAGAAGGAGACCAAUUCUGA